AGUUUGACUUGGGGGUGGGCCCUACAUACAAAACAAAACAGAUACAUGCUCGCAAGCUGCGUAAUUAAAGGCCCGACAGGCUCCUGCACACACCCCUGUCACUAUACCGUCAGACCGCCGAUAUCUUCAAAAGCUGACUGGAACCAUACAUAUAAGGAUGUAUAUGGGCCGAGGAAACUGAUGAAGCGAGCGGCUGAAUGGGAGAAGAAAGAACGUCAAGAAUGCACGAAAACAGCUUGGAUGAGACGGACGUAGUGAUCAUUGGUGCAGGAGCCAGCGGCCUUGCUGCUAUCAAGCAACUCACUACGACCACCGAGCUCGACGUGGUUUGCUUUGAAGCUAGGAGCGGACCGGGCGGAGUGUGGAGUCCGGAGAACAAGAGCGAGAAGAAGGAAAUGAGGGUCGAAUUCGACCGAAUGGGCCGGCCGUUUGUGCGGCCCUCGUCGCCGAUGGACUGCUCGCCGAUCUACGACGGUCUGCGGACGAAUGUGCCCAAGAACCUGAUGGCCUUUCAUGACCAACCCUUUAAUGUGAGCACCGCCGAGCCGGAAAGCGAGUUCCCUCCGGCCGGCGAAGUCUCCAGAUAUCUGCUCCAGACCGCCCGCGGAGUCGAGCAUCGAAUCCGCUUCAAUUCUCUCGUCACUCGAGUCAGACAUCGUCCCCCGCCAGAUCCCUCCCAGCCCCUGCUGCAUGCUGCCGCGACUUAUAAGGAGCGCAGAUGGAUCGUCGAGCUCGUCGAGCCCCCUUCGUCUGGAAAUCCCACUCAGAACAAUCAUCCUGAUCAAGAAUCCAAAUCCAUCUCUUGCGAUUUCGUUUUGGCUGCUUCGGGACAUUACAGUGUACCCUACGUGCCCUUCAUCCCGUCGCUUUGGACAUGGCCGAAAGAGAUCAUCCAUUCCUGCGUAUAUACCAAUCCCAGGGCAUCCAUUUUCCACCAAAAAACGGUAGCGGUGAUUGGGAUCGGGCCGUCGGGAUACGACAUUCUGCGCGAGCUAGCGAUGGUACGGGAGGCCGAAGCGGGCGGAUCAGGGCGGCAGGGGAGCGUCGAGGAGGGGCGGAAGAUCAAGAGGCUGUAUUCGGUGGCCUCUCAUCCGGCCAAGCUCGGCUGGGACUUUGCCGACCCGGAGGCCCCGGGAUGGACCAAGCAGAUCACGACUGUGCCGAGGUUUGCGCGGAUCGAAGGACACAAGAUCUGGCUCGUCGACGGACGCCUGCUCGAGGACAUCGACCUGCUUUGCUUCGCCACCGGAUAUCUCUACCAUUUCCCGUUCUGCAGGCCCCUCGACAAGCCCUGGAAUACCCAUCCUCUCACCUAUCCUCCCCCCAUCCCCAAUCCUCCUCCUCCUUCCUUUGUUCAAGACCCUUCAAAUCUCCCGUUUCCGGGCGCCUUUCGCGUCCAUCAUCUCGACCAAACUCAACUGUUUUAUUACCCUGACCCAAGCUUUGGAUUCCUAGUCUUACAAACCCAAGUGGUCCCAUUCCCUCUGGCGGAGUAUCAAGCCAGAGCCAUUGCGGCACGAUGGUCCGGCCGAAGUCCGUUCGCGAUCGUCCCGAUGACCGACAACGAGACGGAGUCGAAGACGGUGCAUGGGUUGUCUGCCCCGAAGGAAUUUGAGUAUGAGGAUGAGCUGUUGGAGCGGAUCGGGGAAGGCGGGGAGGAAGGGGAUAGUGAGCGCCAUUGGGGAAGGGUGCCGGCUUGGAAGUACAAAGCUCGGGAAGAAACGCCUGCUAGACGCAGACGCGAGUUGGGCUAUUGACCCUCUCUUUCUCGGAAGGCCCGCUGAUCCACACGCACAACAGCUCUUAUAGUGUCCAUGUGGGCCGAGGUUGUAAUAUACUUGCAACUGUACUACUACUUUUUUUUUUUUCUUUUUGACGAGUCUCCUUGCAGCAUCGUCUGAUUGAUUGGAGACGGUUGAAUACGCGAACCAGAGGUUGAUGAUGAUGAGUAUUCUAAGUGAUCGAGAGAAACACAACCAUGGUACAAAUCAAUCCGGCGAAAUCCACCAUACAAAGAUUGUUCCAAGCCUCGACCGACCCGAGUGCCGUUAUAAUAAUGAAUUCUAGGCUAGUUAAGACGUCAGUUCACAGUAACAGUGAUCCAGC